CAGGAAGUGAUGUAAUGUUUACUGAGCUAAAGUGACCCUUCAUCCAAAUAAAAGGCCUACCAAGAAGAAGACAGGGCUGAGAGGGUGAAGCAUGGACACCCUGUCCAGCCACAGCUCCUACCUCCUCCAGCAGCUCCAGGAGCAGAGGAUUCAGGGACUGCUCUGUGACUGCAUGCUGGUGGUUAGGGUCUGCUUCAAAGCCCAAAAUGUCCUGGCUGCUUUCAGCUCUUAUUUCAGGUCUUUGUUCCAAAACUCCCCGAGUCAGAAGAAUGAAGUAUUCAACCUGAUUAUCCAAGAUGUCAGUGGCAUCGGUCAAAUAUUGGACUACAUGUAUACCUCUCAUCUGGACAUUAACCAGGAUAAUGUACAAGCUCUACUGGACAUCGCUCAGUGUUUGCAGGUUCCAAAUGUGCAGAGCAUGUGUAACACGUUUCUCAAGCCUUGUCCUCCACCAGUGGAAAUACCUUCAUUUUCUCUGGGAAUGCUUGGCUCAGAGGCCGACUGCCUCUUGGGGAGUGGUCUUCCUCAUGACGUCGACCUGCAGUGUCCCACCGAGUCCCAUCGGCCCAGCUUCAGCAGUGAUCUGGAUCACACCAGAAGGAUGCCGGUUUCUGUGCCUAACAGCAGCACUAAUUGUGACUUAGUGAACAGCUCUCAGGCCCCUCCUGAAAAACAGCUGGUUCAUGGUUACAAACUUCGUAACUUUUACAGUAAACAGUAUUUCAAACAAAGUGCAAUUCUGACUAACAGCGCAACCUUGAAUCAAGGCGGCGGCCCGCUGGCGGCGGUGGAGGAGCAGCAGUGCCAGCUGGGAAUGAACCAGGGCAGCGGCAGCACUCCUGUGAACUCAGGCAGUACGGUUCAGUCCACAGAAAAGAACCCCAUCUCCUCUCUAACGCCAUCCGAUAAUUUAAACACGCCCGACCUACCCAGAGACUCCAUGCUCAACAAUCCAGUUCGGCCAAAGAAAACGGUGUACCUGAAGAAAUACAACUACCUUCGUCUCAGAAGGCCCUGUGAGGAGAUGUGUAACGAGUCAGUUAUCGAUCCCGUCCUCAGCUGUCCCAAAGAGAGCCACCAGGAAGAGUCAGCGGUCCAGCCUGAAGCUCCAGAAGCUCCGGCAGGAAACGCCCAGGCGGACAGAGAGGAGACUCCCGUCACUACACCAGACGCUUCACUUCCCAGUCCUCCACCCGCCAGCCAGGACGAGCAGAGUCUCCAGAAGUCGGCGCCAGAGCCGCCGCAGCCUGGGAACAAGCAGUACUGUUGUGAAGUUUGUGGGAAGAUUUUCAAACAUCCCAGUAACCUGGAGCUGCACAAGCGCUCGCAUACUGGUAUCUUCUGGCAAGAACCUUUCCAGUGUAACAUCUGUGGGAGAAGCUUCUCUCAGGCUGGAAAUUUACAAACGCAUUUGCGGCGACAUUCUGGAGAAAAGCCAUACAUCUGUGAAUUAUGUGGUAAGAGUUUUACUGCAUCGGGUGAUGUUCAUCGGCACAAAGUGGUCCACACCGGAGAAAAGCCACACCUGUGUGAUAUAUGUGGGAGAGGAUUCAACAACUUGAGCAAUUUGAAGGAACACAAGAGGACUCACGCAACCGAUAAAAUCACCUGUGACCAAUGUGGAAAGUCCUUCAACACACACAGAAAACUGCUGAAGCACAAAGCUCGCCACACUGGAGAGAAGCCUCACAGCUGUGCAACCUGUGGAAAGUGCUUCGUUGGCUCAGGAGACUUGCAUCGUCACAUCCGAUCACACACUGGUGAGAAGCCCUACAUCUGCAGCACCUGCGGGAAGAGCUUCACCCGCGCCGCAAUGCUGAGGAGGCACGGCGACAUGCACUGUAAGGGGCCGUUGGUGGACAGCCCGACCAGCGUCAGCACUGAGCAGACACAAAGCUCGGAAGGACCAAGUUCUCCAAACGCGCCCGCCGGCGCCAAACCCCCCCCUGCUGCCGCCGAGCCACACUUCUCCACCAUGACCCCCUCCGGCGGGGUCAGAAAUCCCCGCCGUCCGCAGCGUUCAAGCCCGCCUUCAACUCCGCAGAUAGAGAGUCCGUCUCCCAGCAUGCAUCUCAGUCCCGCGUCCACGCCGCUUCCGGAGCUGCGCUCCCUGGCCCAUCACCUCCUGUCAUCCAGCCACCAGGACCGGAGCGCAGCGCUGCCCGCUGCCGACCGCCUCAAACUCGGCGGCAAAGCCCACCUGUCCCAGGAGGCCGAGUACGAGCCGUACGUGGAGAACGGCGGCAUGUCGGUGGACCUGGGCCGGGGGAUGGUCGGGAGGUCCUACCUGCCUCCCACGGACAAUCACAACAGCUCCCUCACAGGAUCUUCCCGGCCCUACAGGUCCAGCGAGGGCCAGUUUACAAUCCAGCGUAACUCUCUGGGGCUCGCAAUGAAAACUCUGCAGAAUGACAACGACAUGGAGCAGUAAAAAUAAGAGCUGCACUUACACAAAUGUUUGACAAAUUUCUGUUUGGCACCGUCAUUCUUUGCUGGCAGUAAAUCUGGUACCGUUGGAAGACCUGUUUAUUUCCCUGAGGCAACAUGCAUUUGUGGGAAAAUCAUCAGAGAAAUGUUCAUCAUAGACUCAUUUCCACUGUUACAGGCAUAAUCUCAAAAAAAAACAAACAAAAAAAAAAACAAUCCAGAACUCACAGUGUGUGAUUUUUUUAAUGAUUUAUUUGUGUUACUGGGGUUCAUAAGUAUUUGCACUCAUGAGAAUCAGCAUAAUUAUUACUCUGAAAGAGCUGUCAGUCUACCUUAAAAAGUCCAUCUUAGCCCACGACUACGUAGUGUUAUGGUUAAAAUCAUGCGUUGCACAGAAGGUUCCCCUGUUGAAGUCAGCACUUGUGCAGGCCCGUGCAAAAUUUGCCAGGGACCAUCUGAAUGAUCCCGCGGGGUCAUGGAGAAAGUCAUGUGGUCAGAUGAGACUAAAAUGGAACUUUUGCUAUAAACUCCACUCGUCAUGUGUGGAGGAAAAAGAAGGAUAGUACAAUCCCAAGAACACCAUCCCUACUGGGGAAUGGGUAUGGGGGUGGAAGCAUCAUGCUUUGGGGGGAUUUUUGGCAAAGGGGACAGGACGACUGUACUGUAUUAAGCAGAGGAUGGAUGGGGCCAUGUAUCGUCAGAUUUGAACAACAACCUCCUUCCCUCAGUCAGAUUAUUGAAGAUGAGUCGUGGCCGGAUCUUCCAACACGACAGUUAUGUCUCUAACAGUGGAAAUGGAUCUACGAUGAACAUUUCAGACCUCUCUCUAUUUUCUAAGUGGGAGAACUUGCAAAAUCACAGGGGGUGUAAAUAAUUAUCCUCCUCACUGUAUGUCUUGACAAAAUUCACUCUGCUCAUCCCACAGGUGCAUGUUCCUCUCUAACAGGGCUGCCUGUAAGUGUGAAAUAACCAGACCUUUGUUUGGGAUAUACAGCUAAGAGGCAUUGCUCCUUCAGGUAAGUGAUCUACCAAACACACAUGUCCUCACUUCUUGUGUGGAGUUUAUUUUGACGGAAAUUGAGUGUGCACUUUUCCUUUCAGUUUGAUUUUUCACCCGGGUCUCGAUGGUUUUAACAGAUUUCAGUCCCAAAGCUGCAGCCUGUGGCUCUGGAGCCGCAUGUGGCCCUCCAGCCUCUCUUCGUCUCUAUAGCACAGUUCUUGAUAAAGUCUUGGAUAAUUUUAAAAAACGAUUUCAAGAAAGGUCGUUUUUGAAUUAAAGGAGAAACAUUCAUUUUCCAUGUUGCCAUUAUACUUUGAGGCUCUGGGUGAAAUGAUUCUUGAUGUGAAGGGCAAAAUGGCAUUUUUGAACAUAAGGUUGCAGAACUUGUCCCACAAGAGUACGAAAAAUACACAUAAAAUGUAACAUUUCAUUGCUCUUUGUUGAUUCAUCACAAUAUCCAUCCAUUCACACAACCGUUCCUGCACUUAAGGGAUACUUCUUCCAUUCAAGGUGCUUGUACGCCAUUCGGAGUCUUGCCAAGGACUCUUUGAAAUCGAGGAUCAACCCACAAACCUGCUCUCCCGCCCGAGCCUCUCACCUCUUUAAUAAUAUGAGUUUUCAUCUGGAAAUGUGCUUUUGGUGUUGGAGUCACUAUAAUAAAAUAAAAAUGGGUGCUUCAGAGCUGCACUUCUGAACUCAACUGUUAUUAUGAGACUGCAAAAACGUUUUUUGGAAAAGAGAGAGUGGCUUCUAGUGACAUGAGCUUUGAGGGCCAAUUCAUCAGAGAAGCAGUCGAGGGAACUGAGGUUUGCAGGUUCAAAUCCCAUGACUGAGAGGUUACCACUUCACCGUUACUGCUCACCUCUUUUAUUGUAAGAGUCAUAAAGAUA